AUGUCCGAACACAACGAGAUCCGAUCAGAGAAGCCGUUGUUCUCAUCCAACCCAGAGCUGGAUAAUCUGAUGAUCCAGGCGAUCCAAGUGUUACGUUUCCACCUGCUGGAGCUGGAGAAGGUUCAUGAGCUCUGCGAUAACUUCUGCCAUCGAUACAUCAGCUGUCUGAAAGGGAAAAUGCCGAUCGAUCUCGUCAUAGACGACAGAGACGGGAACAAAUCGGACAGCGAGGAUUUCAUCCGGUCCUCAGGGAACAUGGAUCAGAUUUCGUGGAGCAGAGAUCACGAAGACGCGACAUCGAUUCGGUCGUCCGGGACGCCGGUACUGUCCAGUGGUGGACACACGUCUCACAGCGGAGACAACAGCAGCGAACAAGGUGACUGUCUGGAUAACGGCAUGGCCUCGCCCAGCACCGGAGACGACGAUGACCCCGACAAAGACAAACUGCACAACAAGAAGAGAGGGAUCUUCCCCAAAGUGGCCACCAACAUCCUGAGAGCGUGGCUGUUCCAGCACCUGACGCACCCGUACCCGUCGGAGGAGCAGAAGAAGCAGCUGGCGCAGGACACCGGCCUCACCAUCCUGCAGGUCAACAACUGGUGA